GGGGCGCCGGGCGGCCGCGGCGGGGUGGCUGCCGGCUCUCCCCCAAAGUUUUUGGAUCCGCGUCUCCUCAUGAUGUAUGGAUGAUAUAUUGCAUUGUGGGUGUCAAUAUAACUGACGGCCAUAUUUGCCGGUGCUGCUACUGCUGUAAACAACCCAAAGUGUCUGGGAGACACGGAGACGCUUCGCUGAAUUUCAGGACGCUUCUCCUCCUCCCGCUGGCCAUGUCUCUGGGAAUGUCUUACAAGCCUAACUUGAACGCCCACAUCCCCGGGACUCCCCUCAACCCGGCGGGGAGUGUUCACUCUCCCUCCACGAGCAUGGCAACGACUGCACAGUACAGACAGCUCCUGAAUGACUAUGGCCCCCCCUCUCUAGGCUACACACAGGGGAUGCAGGGUACCAGCAGCACUCAAGUCCCACAGAGCAAAUAUGCAGAGCUUCUAGCUAUCAUAGAAGAAUUAGGAAAAGAGAUUAGACCUACAUAUGCUGGGAGCAAAAGUGCGAUGGAGAGGCUAAAAAGAGGCAUUAUCCAUGCCAGAGGAUUAGUUCGGGAAUGCCUGGCCGAGACGGAACGAAAUGCGAGGUCUUAGCCCGCUGAUUCAAGAACUUCCAUCUCUCUUCCCGAAGAAAAAGGAACACUUAUUCCUUUUGACUCUUGAAAGGUUCACACAAAUUCCUUUAUUUUGAAUGUUUCGCCUUUCUCGUUUCGCCCUUGCAAAAAUGUAUAGUUAAGAAUGAGAAAAAGAAAAAAAAAAAAAGAAAAACCAACCAAGGAUUUUUCAACUUACCGAGGGUUUGCAUUUUGUAAAGAUGUUAAAACUCCCUGAGAUGUUUCUAAAACAUGGAAACUGAAGUGCAUGCAGAGGAAUGCUCUCUCUCUCCCGGGCUAUAUUUCAGUUCUCUUCUUAUCCAGCCACAGCCUCAUUCUGUUUUUUUUUUUCCUUCAACUGUAUUCACUUAUCCCCAAACUGUCAAUCUUUCCAAGUUUGACAGAAGCUCUAAGGAUUUUUUUAAUAAAUGCAGAAUAGCAUGCUGUACCUAGUAGUCUGCUACGUCACAAUUUGUCAUACAGCAUAGACCCUGCUUAGAAAUAACCUCCCCUUUCUCUUAUUUUUCCUUUUUUUUUGUUCAUUUUGCAUAAACAUUUGCAUGACUAUUAGUGCUUUGAAGUCCAUUUAAAGUGCAUGAGCUAUAUGGAAAAUAGGGAAACCUAUUAAAUAAUAACAAGGUCCUGGAAAGCUAAUUCCUACAUUAAGGCUGGAGACUUCAGUUUAAAGUUUGC